AUGCCCGGUGGGGCCCGACCAGGCCGGGAGUCUGCCUUUCCGAAGCUGAGCCCGGGAGAGGAGUUAUCGCCUAAGGUCUUAAAGGAUUCAGGGAAGCGAAGUGGGUGCGUGGAGGAGUUCGACAGCCGAAUUGGCCCCUCCAAGGACUAUUCUCCGGAGAAGGGACCAGUGUUGUUUGAGGACCUGGCUGUCUAUUUUUCUCAAGAGGAGUAUGUGAGUCUGCACCCUGCCCAGAGGUCCCUCAGCAGAGAAGCGACACAGGAGUGUUUUGAGGACAAGGCCUUGAUUGCAGAAGAUGAUAAGAUUGAGGUUAAUCAGCAGCUACAUCUAGAAUCUAUGGGACUUGAAGAGCUUGCCCUAGAAAAAUGUUCCCUUGCUGUACCCCUCAUCUAUUACCCAGAAAAAUGCUCUGAGCAUGGAGCUGGAAACUUUGAAAGGAAAAUAGCAGGUGGAACUUGUGCUUGCAAGAAAAGGUUCAGAAGCCUUUUAGUUACCAUUGAAAACCACACCCCGAAGAUAGAACUAGCUCAAAGUUUAAGAACCAGAGCCCUUCUCAAGAUUCUUCUAUUUCCCAAAGAAGAAACCAAAAAGUCACACAAGUGUCCUGAAUGUGACCAAAGCUUCAGUGAUAGUUCAUACCUCGUUUGGCAUCAGAAAACACAUGUAGGAAAGAAAAAGUGUAAAUGUGAUGACUGCAGGAAGAUUUUCAAUCACAGAUCCAACCUGAGAGCUCACAGGAGAAACCACACUGGUGAGAAGCCUAAUUGUACACAGUGUGGCAGCAGCUUCUGCCAGCCCUCGCACCUGUCUCAGCACAGGAAGACCCACCUGAAGGAGAAAAUCCAUAGGUAUGGCAUAUGUGGAAGGGGGUUCACGCAGCUCCGGGGACUGCCACAGCAUCAGAAAACCCACAUUGCCACAAAAGCCGGCAAUAAAUAUGUUCAGAAAACAAAUCUUGCUUUGCCCGAGGAAAAGCACAGAGGCCACAAGGACAAUCUGAACACUACAGCAAUUGAGGGGAAAUUGCUUUCAUUCUCAAAAUUCAAACCCUUAAAGUGUCCCGAGUGUUCGAAGACCUUUCAUUCUACCUCAGAGCUUAUCUCUCAUCAGAGCACUCACAGAGGGGAAAAGCCCCAUAAACCCAAAACAUGCACGGAAAGUUUUAUUUUGGACUCAGAGCUUGCAUGCCACCAGAAGAGUCACACGGGAGAGGAACCUUUUAAAUGUACCAGGUGUGGGAGAAAUUUCAGGUUGAAAACACAUCUUACUCUCAAUCAGCAAACCCACUCACAAAACACUGUGUAG